AGCUGAUUAAAACAAGAAGAAAAGCCAAGGAAGUCUCUGCUUAAACCCUAAAUUCCCAAAAAAUGGAGCUGCAAUCAGUUUGUCGUGGGUUUCCCACCUCGAAUUUCGGUUUAUCCAGCCGCAUAGUCCCUCAUCAACUUGUUUUAGCAAGCCAUGCUCGGCUGAGGGAUCAAAGACUCCGUAAACAUAAUGGAAUUGCUUCCAAAUCAUAUUUGAUGCCAGGAUUGAAAAGUUUUGUGAAUGAGUCUUCAAUCCUGAGCUUGAACAGAGGAGCUAUUAAGUGCGCUUCGAAUUCUAGUGAUGCAAAGCUGGAAUUCUCAGGAGGGGAAAACUCUAAUGUUCCUUUUAGAAGAGUUGAUGGGGUGGAGCCUUUUCGUGGUAAAUCGGGUUCAAUUUCAUUCCAUGGGUUGACACACCAGUUGGUAGAGGAAGGGAAGUUGGUUUCAGCCCCUUUCGAUGAAGUGAAGGGCUCGUUCCUUUGGUUUUUUGCCCCUGCUGCUUUAAUAUCGUCGUUGCUUCUUCCACAGUUCUUUAUUGGUAAUGCAAUCGAGGCUUUCUUGAAGGACGAGAUUAUCAUAGAAAUCGUGACUUCAUUAUCUUAUGAGGCUGCGUUUUACGUGGGCCUUGCAAUAUUUCUGCUUGUAACUGACCGAGUACAGAGGCCGUAUCUGCAGUUCAGUACAAAGAGGUGGGGUCUCAUUACUGGCCUAAGAGGAUACUUGACAUCCGCUUUCUUUACAACGGGCUUCAAGGUCAUUGCCCCUCUAUUUGCUGUUUAUGUAACCUGGCCGUUGCUUGGCUUGCCGGCCUUGGUUUCUGUGGUUCCCUUUCUAGUUGGCUGUGUUGCUCAACUUGCAUUUGAGACGGGUCUUGAAAAGCAAGGGUCAUCUUGUUGGCCUCUAGUUCCCAUUAUUUUUGAGGUUUAUAGACUAUACCAGUUGACAAAAGCUGCUUACUUUAUUGAGAAGUUGAUGUAUGCAAUGAAGGGUAUGCCUGCAUCCCCGGAACUGCUAGAAAGAAGCGGUGCCCUAUUUUCUAUGAUAGUGACCUUCCAAGUCGUCGGCGUGGUGUGCCUUUGGUCCCUGAUGGCAUUUCUUUUGAGGCUUUUUCCUUCCAGACCUGUUGCCGAGAAAUACUGAUGUUUGUAUGGGAUGAUGCUGUAUAUUAUAGUUCUGGUUUCUUUGUUUGUCCAAGAUCUGUUUAAUCUUAAUUUUGAUAAUCUUCUAUCCACUGUAAUUAGGAUCUUCGCUUGACUAAUGUGGUUGAUUUGCACGCUGAUUUGAUGUUCCUCUUCCUUGAA